AAUCUGAGCUUGGCUAUAUAAGUGCAUUCAGCAUCUUCUCCUUAAGUAACUAGAGGCUUGUUUCUGCGAAUAAGUGAAGGAGGGCGGCAUCUCGCCAACUACCUGCAACCUACAAGGCUGUACUGGACUCCUCUAAAGACUGAAGAUUCCUGUUGAUAUCCUGACAUGAAGCUCAAUUUACUUGGCACCACCGUGAUUCUGCUAGUUGCCUUCUUACCGCGCUACGAAUGUCGGGCUAUUGAGAGCCCUGGCGGUGCCCUGCGCGUCCCGGCUCCCCAAACCCAAAUCUCCCAGCAGCAGCAGCAGUCUGGCCCCAUCCUGGAGCGGCUUGGAGAGGAGUAUUUCAUCCGACUGGGCAACGGGGACUCUAACUCUUUUCCAUCCUCGUCCAUGUAUCCCGGCGGAUCUCCUGCCGUCUACAACAGAGCAUUGCAACUCCAGCUGACGCGGCGUCUUUUACAAGGGAAAGUUGGAAACAUCAGGGCGCUCAUAAGCGGCUUCGGAGACCGCGGGGACGAGUCGAUGGAGAGGGGAAGGAGGUCCGAGGACCCGCCGAUAUCCCUGGACCUGACCUUCCACCUGCUGCGGGAGAUGAUGGAGAUGUCCAAGGCGGAGCAGCUGGCGCAGCAGGCGCAAAACAACAGAAGAAUGAUGGAGCUGUUCGGGAAAUGAAGACAGUGCGCCAAAGAUCUCCUUCUCUUUCUUUUUUCUCUAUUGCAGUUCUACCAUCAGCACAAAACAUGCUCUGUACAAUAUAGUGCUGCUUUGUCACUAUUAUUUAUAGCUUUAACCCCAAACUGCGGAUCGUAAACCGAUUUAAAUGUUGGUGUCAAAUCUGUAGAAUCACACGUUCUUCAUAUUUGAGACAUAAAAUACUGCAUUGACUAAAAUGGCAUUUUUGUUUUAGAUUAUGAAUCCCUGUAUUUAUGAUAUUUAUGUUUGUUAAUAAACUUAUGUGCAACCAGUCA